AUGGCUUUGCUGACGGCUGUACAGGCUAUUCGACCAGUUGGUGCUUUGCAUUGUACCUUGGGUGUCAUGAGCCUCAACAAUGAUCAGCUUUCGCAAGCCACAGCUUUCUUACAAAGUCUUGACGUGGGCUCGAUACUCGCCCCAUCAGCAGGGGAAAGAGACCCAACAUCGGAUCAGGCGACCACGACUGCACCGUUGGCACCUAUGGUGGUAGACCUGAAAGGCUUGGAAUCAAUGCAUGCCCCAGAUAAGACCUCCGUUAUCUACUCGGCGCCUUUCGACUCAAGUGAGAGACUUUACCCGUUCUGUCUGGCAGUGCAGCAACUGUUCAAGGACAAGGGUUUCCUGGUCGAGGACGACAGAAAGCUGAAACUGCACGCUACCAUCGUCAACACAAUUUACGCCAAGGGGAAGAAGCUACCAAUGAGACGACAUGGCAACCCUCCAGCCCCGAAGCCUCCUGUCUCUGCAGGCGACAGCGAACAGUCGAGUCUCGCAGCCAGCAACCAGGCACAACAGGAUGACGGCAGCGCACGAGGCCACGGCCCCAACGCCAAUACUCCGCUGAAGCUCGAUGCAAGAGAGCUGCUUCAAAAACACAAAAAUUUCGCCUGGGCCGAGAACGUUACCUUGGACCGCCUGGCCAUAUGUGAAAUGGGAGCAAAGAAAGUCACGGACAGUGAUGGGAGGGUGAUUGCAGAGCAGUACAAUGAAGUUGCCAGCAUAGAGUUGCCCACGUGA